AGGCGUGGGAAGUUAAGGGUGCGCUUGUAACGGUUCUUUGGUAAACUCGCUGCGUUCCUGCUACCGAUACGUUUCUGCGACCCAGCUUUAUUGUUCUCCCGGGGUUUGGAGGGAUCUGAUUGCCCGAAAAAAAGGUGAAAAGGUGUUCCAGGACACCGCGGUGCGGGACGAUAACAGGGUGCCCUGGCAGUUUGUUACUCUGCAACAACAUAACAAUGGCAACUGUGCCUUCAGCUGGCUGCCUUUUAGCCAAGAACCAGUACUACAGAACACGACUGAAUUCUGAUUGCAGUGUUUCUUCAAGCAGUUCAUCUUGCUGUUCUGAUCCCACAUCAUUCUCAGACCAGGAAAAAAAUCACCAUGGCCUACCUGAAAUGUUUGAAAAGUGCUGGUGGAUAAAAAGCUUUUUUCACAGUGAGCCAACACCUCCAAAUGUAGGCAGAAAAACCUUAUCAGCCAGCAGUACUAACAGCUGAUUGGGAUAUCAAGUUGAAAGUUCCUGCUGGGACAUUAUAGACAGUCAUGUCUUGAAAUGAAUUCACUUCUGUGAAGAAAAUGAACUGCUUGAGAAGAAAUACAGAUGAUCAAGGAUUUAAUCAGAGCUUAUUCAUCAAGCAACCAUCUGUACAGUGUCUGUUGCAAGAAUUCUUGAUAAUGAACAGGUGUUCCACAUUUCAUAAUUUUUGUGCUUCACCAGAGGAAAUGCAAAUGCAACAUCUAGUGGGAUAUGGUAUAUCUGAUUACUUGGGAUAUAUUUUACUAAAUUGAAAUGCUGUAGAUUGCUUGGGUCAAAAUCUUUUAAGGUUACCAUGCCUUUUAUACAAUGGUGCCUUUUUACGUAGCAAAACAGACCACCUCUUUCCACAGAAUUUAAGUUUGGAAUGUUAACUAUGAUAAACUUCUACUUUAUGAAUAAUUUACUUAAAUGUCAAAUACACAUUUCUCUUACUUGUCAACAGCUAGAAGAAAACUGGUUAAGGCAUUAUUUAUGGUCCUCCAUUAAAAAACUAAAAUGGAACAUACUCAGUAUUAAACUCCUUAUCUGAUUCUAA